AGUCGCCCCAAGAUUCGGGCGCGCUUCGGCUGCGGGGCUUUUGAGAGGAUCGGUGCCUGGUUUGGGGGUGCGGAGGAGGAGCGGGAGAAGGGCCACGCGCUUGGCGGUUUGCCCAACGGUAAUUUCGACAGAACCUUUCCAAGUAAGGGCGCAGCCUUUUCAAGCAUUGGGAGACUCCUUCCGAAGACAACCCCAAAUCCCCUCGCCGAAGGGGCUGGGGAACGGGUUUGGUCCGGGAGGAGGGAGAGAAGGGUGGAGAGUUGUGGCAGCGGCUGGAUCCAAAACGAUCCGGGAAUAAACCAAAGAAGACGGGCUGUAACGGAGCUCCGUCCGCAUUUUUGCUUCCAUCCCCUCCCCUCCCAAACCCGGGCAGGUGAAGGGCAUUUUCUUCUUCUUGUGGGGCGAGGCAAGAAGUCAUCAUGUCCGCCGCUGAUCUCCAGGCGGAAUCGCCCUGCCCAUCAUCCUAGCCCACCUAAGAUGGGGGAGAAGGGGCGUUGCCUGCCAAAGGUCGCCUUUGCGAGAGCUUCAGGCUGGGGGAAAAAAGGGGGGCUGAGGAAAACGAGUUGGGAGAGGAGCCUUUCCCCACCUCCCCCGAGAUCUGUUCAGGUGCGCGGCACCCCCCAGCUGUGCUAUGGCGCCUAGGCAGGGAGCCGAGUUCCCUUGAAGUUGGCAUCCCCGACACGUUAGAAUUAAACCGAGAUCUAACUUCGGGAAUGAAAUAAACCAGCUUUUGCUUCUGGUGUAUUUCUUGGCGCUCCCUGAUUGGUUGCCCGCCUGGUAGGACGGUCUCUUUCUUGUUUUUGUUUGAAAAGAAUGAAAACAAGCUUCCAUCUUUCUUUUUGCUUACAAAGAAAUUUUUUCUCGGCGAGAGAAAGGUUUGAUUUAAAGAAAGUAAACCGUUUUUUUUAAAAAAAAAAUUGUGGGUGGGGGGAAUAGAUUUAAAAAGGAUUAAGGUUCUUUGGCCAGUCCUGGUAAAAAGCCUCUUAAUGCCUUUUUGAGACAUUCUGAGGUGGGGAAUUGCCUAAAUUAAAGGACCGAGUAACAGGAAAAAGCAGUAUAAGUAAGAUUUCCAAUGGUUUUAUUUAUUGUAAUGGGGGCGGGGGAGGGCAGUAUAUUUAGACACUGCCAUAUUAUAAUAACAUAAGCAUUUAAUUCCAUUUAUAUGACCCUUAGCAGAUGGCCGUGCCCAACUGAAAAGAUCGAUGUUGGGGUUAGUUAAUACUUGGGUGGGAGAUGACUAAGGAGUACUAGGAGAACUAGUGGUGUAAGAUUAGACAGGAAAGUUGAGAAAAUACACAGUUCGCUUUUGAUCGUGGUCCAGAAAAUUAUAUAGAAAUGCUCGUGAAAUCACAGAAGUUGAAAUCGACUUGAAAAAAAACUUAAUUUUUAAUGAGUUUCUCUAUCAAUCUUUAGUUAUUAGAAGUAAUCAUCCUAUAUAGUCCAUUUUAAGGAUGAUGUGCCGCAAAAGGAUAAAUCCGUCCUUUAUAAAUCAAACUAAAACUUACUAGAAAAAUUAAAAAGGAAGCCAAAAUUCUCUUUAAAAAAUUAUUAUAUCCAAAGCCCCAAAAGACUGAGAAAUAAAGCUGCUUUAAACAGUUUAAUUAAGGAAAUUGAAUAAAUUGAGAAUGGAAUCAUGGUGUGAGACAUUUUCAUAUUAUAAAAAAUAUAUAGUUUUCAGAUAUUGAAAAUGAAACUGACUAUAGAAGUUGCAGAUAGUUCUGAGGGACUGGGUACCAAACACAGCUUUAUGAAGGCUUGGAGGGCUACAGGCUACCUAGUAAUAUCAACAGAAGUGGUAUGGCUGACAUUUGCUGGCUGUUUUCAAAAAAUUAACUAUUUUAUUUUAGAGGAUUUUAACAGGAAUAGGAGUAAAAGGCAAAUGGGAGGCAGAGUACUCCCAUUUCCAUUAUUUUAAUCAAAAUAGUCAAUCCCUUCCCUUGCUAAAAUUGUUCUUGUGUGUAUUUAAGUGCAUUUUAAAGGUGAGAACCUGAGUUAGAUACUGGUGCAGUGGUGAGUUGCUCCCGGUUCAGCCCGGCCGGUAGUAACGGCAGGAGGCUCUGGCCACCCGGCUGGACGUCAUCACAGACAAUCUGCGUAUGCGCAGAAGCGUGUGUGUGCCCAUUGCGGACUGGUAGCGGAGUUAUGGCAAAAAGAAAAGACCGCCGUUUUUCAACGCCAGUAUCCCACAAAAGAUCUAGGCAAGAAUUCCCGGAUAGCUCUGAUGAAGACCUUAGUGAUAAAUACGCACAUCUACUAAGUGAGAAUUCCGAUUCGCAAUCGGUCACAGGGGACGUUGGGAUAAUUGAAAGUAUCCAGUUGAAGAACUUUAUGUGUCACUCUAUGUUGGGGCCAUUCAAGUUUGGAUCUAAUGUCAAUUUUGUAGUUGGAAACAAUGGAAGUGGGAAAAGUGCUGUAUUAACUGCCCUGAUUGUAGGCCUUGGGGGAAAAGCUACAGUGACAAACCGAGGAUCUUCCUUGAAAGUAUUUGUGAAAGAUGGACAGAGUUCUGCAGAUGUUUCAAUCACUCUGCGAAAUCGAGGUGAAGAUGCAUUUAAACCAGAGCAAUAUGGUGACUGUAUUACUAUAAAUCAGCACAUAACCUCAGAAGGACAUCGUAGUUAUAAGCUGAAAAGCAAUACAGGAGUCUUAAUUUCUUCCAAGAAGGAAGAACUUACUGCAAUCCUGGAUCACUUUAAUAUCCAGGUAGAUAAUCCCGUCUCUGUACUCACCCAGGAAAUGAGUAAACAGUUUUUACAGUCUAAAAAUGAAGGUGACAAAUACAAGUUUUUUAUGAAAGCAACUCAACUGGAACAGAUGAAAGAAGAUUAUUCAUACAUCAUGGAAACUAAACAAAGAACAUCUGAUCAAGUUGAACAAGGAGGAGAGUUCCUUGAAGAACUUAGAAAGCAAUAUUUGGAGAAGGAGGAACGUUACAGAAGUAUUGCUGCUUUGAGUGAAAUGCAGAAUGAGCUACAGGAAUUGCAGCGUCAAAUAGCUUGGGCGAUGGUACGAGACACUGAAAAAGAAAUAAAAGCAAUCCGAGUUGAGGUUACUGCCCAAGAAGCAAAAGCUGAUAAGUUCACUGACCGAGUGAAAGAAUGGCAAAAUAAAGUUGAUGCAGCAGAAGUUAAAUAUAGAACUAGGCAAGACGAGCUACAGAAGAUAACUGAAGAAGCUCGAACUCUAGAACCAUCAUGUAUUGCUUUGAAAACAGAAGUGCACGCAAAAAGAAAAGGACAUAACGAUGCAGAGGCAGCAUAUAAUAGGUCUCAAGCUGAACUGAAGCGUUUGUUAAAAGAUGAAGAACAACUGAAACAAAAAGUUGAUGAACUAAAAAACAGUGCUGAACAGAUUUCAGCGCCUGAUAAAAUGGAAAAACAAAAAACAAUAGACUGCUUGAAAGAAAAGCUGAAGACAUUACAGGAUCAAGAUGAAUCUAUUGCUCAGCAGAUACUACAGUUUCAACAGGCUCUACGUUCAUACGAUGAAGAUUUUACUCGACUUAGACAGGAAGAAAAUGAAGUGAAAAAAAAAAUAGAUUCUCAACAGCAACAGCUAAGACAAUUAAAGGAGUGUAAAACCAAUCGCAUGAAAAGAUUUGGAUCAUAUAUGCCAGACCUUUGUGAAGCAAUUGAUGCGGCUAAUGCUCAAGGGCAGUUUACAUACAAACCAAUAGGACCGUUCGGUGCUUUUAUUCAUCUGAAAGAUCCUGAACUUACCGUGGCUGUUGAAGCAUGCUUAAAAAACCUGCUACUUGCAUUUUGUUGUGACAAUCAUAAAGAUGAAAGAGUAUUACAGGCAUUGAUGUCCAAAUACUGUAAAGCUGGUUUUCGACCUACGAUUAUUGUUACUCGUUUUCAGAACAGUGUUUAUGAUGUAAAGUCAAGGGCUGUUUUUCACCCUAACUAUCCAACAGUUUUGACGGCAUUAGACAUUGACCAUACAGUAGUAGCCAAUUGCUUAAUUGACAUGAGGAGCAUAGAGACUGUCCUGCUGAUUAAAAGUAAUUAUGACGCUCGAAGAGUUAUGCAGCACAACAAGCCUCCUAAAAAUUGUAAGGAAGCUUUUACUGCUGAUGGUGAUCAGGUGUUUGAGGAAAGAUACUACUCUUCUGAAAAUAAAGGGCCUAGGUUUCUCAGCAGAGAUGUCGAAGCAGACAUAAGUAAUUUGGAGAGUGAAAUUGAAAACCGAAAAACUGAUCUCUUGGCAAUACAACAACGAAUGCGUUCUACUGAAAUUGACAUUAAACAGAACAAAUUUCAUCUGACUGAUCAUCAUCGGCACAAAAAAGAAUUGCAGAUAACAAUGAGAAAAAUAAAGUUAGAAAUUACAGACCUUGAAAUUGUAGAAGAAUCAGUGGUCAUCUCUACAUUAGAAGAAGAAAUUCAUGAUAACCAACAGAAAAUAGAAACUGUUAAGGAAAGAUUACAUAAGCAGAAGGCGAAACUGGAGGCACUGAAAUGCCUUUUGCAAGAAGAAGAAAAAAAAUGUGUAGCUCUUAAAGAGAAAAUUAAUCAAGUACAAGAUGAAGCAGCUACAAUCAAGGAUGGAUUACAUCAGGCAGAGGAUGAACUGGAGAUAAGUAAAAACAAUCUAAAACAUUACGAAGAAAAAGAAAGGCUCCAUUUAGUAUCCAUAAAAGCAUUUAAACAUAAUGUAGCUACAAAAGAGAGAGAAUUAGAGGAAAUGAUUGCAAAGGCUUCAAAGAUCCAUCCAGAGCGAAUAGAAGUAACUAGGACUUAUAAAAGUCUGGAUACAGAAAUGAAUCGUUUGAGACAAAAAAUAAAUUCAGAAAGAGAACGUACUGGAGAUAGAGAAGAAAUAAUAAGACAACUUCAGGAAGCAAAAGAAAAAUACCAGAGUUCAGAAAGCAAAAGCAAAAAUUUGAAGAAAUUCAUUAAACUUUUGGAUGAGAUGAUGGUUCAGAGACAUAAAACGUAUCUGCAUUUUAGAAGGUUUCUUACUAUGCGAUGCAAAUAUUACUUCGACUCUUUGUUAAAUCAGCGGUCGUAUUCUGGAAAAAUAGAGUUUGACCACAAGAAUGAAAGACUUUCAAUUACUGUACAGCCUGGAAAUGGAAACAAGGCUUCUCUUGAUGAUAUGAAAUCACUCUCUGGAGGCGAACGUUCCUUUUCCACUUGUUGCUUCAUCCUCUCGUUGUGGUCCAUUGCUGAAUCUCCUUUCAGAUGCUUGGAUGAAUUUGAUGUAUUUAUGGACAUGGUUAACAGGAGAAUUGCAAUGGACAUGAUGCUUAAGAUGGCAGACUCCCAACGUUAUCGGCAAUUUAUUUUGCUCACUCCUCAGAACAUGAGUUCUUUGCCUACAAGUACUCUUAUCCGAAUCCUUCGAAUGGAAGACCCUGAGAGGGGACAAAAGACACUGAAUUUCAGUCGUACAAAUGAAGAUGAUGAUGAUGAUGAUGAUGAUGAUGGAGAAUGAGAAUAUUUCCUCUGUUGUUACUAACUUGUUUUGUAAUAUUGAAGACACACAAACUAUGUUCACUGCUGGUAAAAUCAGUGAAAGAGCCUUUUUCAUUUUUGAAGUUUACUUGUGGCCUUUCUCCCUUUUAUAGCAGGCCUUUAAUGGUAUCUAACACAUUUCAAUUUUAUGCUCAGAUUUUGUAAACCUUUUGGUGCUAGAAUUGUAGCAGUUAAUAUGUUCUUUCUUUCUUCUCUGCUCCUGUGAAUUACAUUUACUGUAUAUUUCUUGCCAGAGUUUACUAUUAAUAAUAUAUUUGAUGAAUGUGGGAAAUGUUUCUUAUUUUCUAUUGUUCCCAAAAAAAGAGGUAAAUAUAAAUGACAGAAGAUGAAUACAUUUUAUAUAGUUUGCUUACCUGUUUUUACAAUAUUUUUGAAUGUUAUAAUAGCAGGUGAAAAACUAAACCCUUUAUCAGACGUCCUCUAACAACAUUUCUGUCUAAAUUUGUAUUGUUUCCUUCAUCAUUACAAUAUACAUUGUUAAACCACUUUAUUGUUUGUAACUGUCUUUCAAAUGCUUCUGUUAUCCAUUUAGUUCCUGUGGCAAAUAAAACUUCAGUUGAUGGUC